ACGUCGAUACGUUGCUAAGACAACAAAAGCAGUACAACUAAAACAAACAAUACCUACAUUAAUAGUAAAGAUUAUAAAAAUUACAUUACAUUUAAAAAAAAUAGCAACUAGAAGAUUGAUUUGCUAUUGGUAUUCUUUUAGAUUUUAGUUACAAAUCAUAAAGAAGGAUACAAAUACAAUAAUUUAUUUAAUGUACUACUACAACUAUAGUGAAAUUACUACUACAGUGUCUAGUUACUGAUUAUUAUUAUUUUAUUGAUUCACUCAGUUAUGGCAGAAGAAUUGCAAAAAGUUCACCUAUUUUACGAUGACAUCAAUAAAAUAAAGGUUCUUGAGGAGAAUGUUUUGAAAGAUACUGAAGAUUUAAGGGACACCUGUAAGGAGUACGAAAAUAAGGUGCAAAAUUUUGAAAAAAUUAUAAGCUCGCUGUUAGAUCUAAUUAAAGAUCUCGGCGACAAUGUUGAAAAUAAGAAAAUGGCUGCAAUAGGAGCAAUGAACUUAUUAAAAUCAAUAGCCAAAGAUAAGGAAUCCGAACAGCUGAAAUUGCAAGCGGAAAUUAACGACAAGACUUCAUUAUUGGAACAAAUAGACAGCGAAUACGAUACACUUCAAAUCCUUGAAGCAACUCAGAUGGAAACAAUUGAAUAUCUUACACAAUUACGUUAAUUUUAAUAAAUAAAUAAAUAAAAGUGAUUUUUAGUAAUA